AUGGCAGAAAAUAGGGAUUUCAAUGAUAUUCUAGAUGAUAUCGUUUUAAGUGAGGAUGCUCAAGAAAAGGAGAGUUACAAGGAAGGUUAUCAACAAGGAGUUGAAACUGGUAAUGCAGACGGUUUUCAUUUAGGUUAUCACAGAGGCUUUCAACUCGGACGUGAAUUAGGUUACUACAUGAGAAUAGUUAGACAUCAUUUAGAAUUGAAUGACACAUUAGACCCAAAAUAUUCUGAUAAAAUUCUUAAACAAUUGCAAAAGAUAAAAGAGUUGAUUGACGAAUUUCCUCGAACCAAUUCUGAAGAACAUGACAUUUUAAAGAUGGCUGAGACCAUCAGAGCUCAGUUUAGAAAAGCCUGUUCCUUGUUAAAAAUUUCAUCAAACAUGCCAUAUGAUGCUGGAGUUUCUUUCUAA